AAAUAGAAACAAUUCUUCUAAAUGAUGUGUAAUUGUCAUACACUCCCUCAUACUUUGGUAUAUGACUGAAAACAAGACUUCUCCUGCUUUUCAAGAACUCAGCGUUGAAGAAAUCUGAAAAUGGACACAAGUAUGAUUUGCGCAAGCUAGAUUCACGGACAUCAUUCAUCUUGGAGGACAUGGAUAUAUCUGACUCAGAUGAUGAGUGGAUAGCCUCAGGAAAGCCAAAGACUAAAAAGAGAAAGUCCAAAUAUGGAAGUUCAAGUGAGGGAUUCAAUGCGCAAAGUAGUAAUGACUCUGGAGGCUUCAAGUUAGAUAGUGCUGGUGAGGGGAUAGUCAGUGUUGUGAAGAAAAGCGAGUCGGGUGUAUGCUGCUCUUGUAGCAAGACUUCCUCCUGCAAAACAACUAAAUGUCAAUGUCGAACUACUGGAGGAGCCUGUGGGCCAUCAUGUGGUUGUGUGCCUGCUAAGUGUUCAAAUAGAGAAUCCAGCCUAGUUGAGGUACAUGGGUCUCCAGAAGGAGAAACUGCUCAAGGAAUUGGAAAUGAUGAAGGCACUGAUGAAACAGAGAAGAAUCAGCAUCUUGCUUCUCAGGGUGCCAGGUUACUUCAGAAUGCAUUAGUUGAGAGGCCUAGUGAAACAACUGAUGAUGGUGGACCAAGAAGAAAAGCUCUUUCAGAGAUCGGAAAUACGUUGGCCAAAUCCAAUGCGCCGAAGCCUAACCAGAGAAAGAAAUGGCGAAGAACCACAAUCCAACUGGUUGCAAAUGCUCCGCCUCCCUCGCAGCCAGCAACUGCUGAAGCACCUCAAAGGCCAGAUAAAGGGGCACCAGAGGUACCCAUCCCUAUGAAGCUUCCUCAAGGGGCAGAUAAAGGGGCACCAGAGGCACCCAUCCCUAUGAAGCUUCCUAGGGCAAUGCGAUCAGCUGCAUCAAAUGGUGGCAACUUAUUUAGAGAAAGGAAUUCUGAUAAAGCAGAUCAAUCUGGUGUCAGUAAGGAGGCCGGUGUUCCUGCUCCAAGAAGUCCUCUGCGGCAGAACAAAACAUCAGAUGAGAAGGAGAACUGUGGCCUUUAAAUAUCAUUUCUCCUUAGAAGAACCGUGGCAUUAUUUAUACCAUUAGUGGAGCUAAGCUGUGAAGCUGGAGAUGUAUGUCUAGUACCGAUGAUGUAGGUUGAUUGUGUUCAAGGCGGCUAGUAAUGGCCAAAACACUGCGGCUACAAGGAUUGAUCAGUCCCAAAAGCCUUUGAGUUUCUGUUUGAUUGCUGAAGAGAGAUGUAGAUGCUUAGGUGUUUCUUUGGUGUGUUUGGAUGGUCCUCAGGAGUGUUGUUCGAGUUACUACCUAUGCACCAUUGAGAGAUAUUGCCCACAUUAAUUCAAUCCGACACAUUGUUCAUAAAUUUGUUAUGCAAUUGGUCUUGGAAUUAUAGCACAUGUAGUCACAAAGCAUUUGCAGGUGGUAAACCGUAAAGAAGGUAUCAGACUAUCAGUCCAGCAGCACUCGUCGACGUUGUUCUGCACCACUUCUGCCUGCCCAUUUGCCCAUCCCCAAAUUAGUUGAUAUGAUGAUCUUCAGGCUAAACAUUAACAAGUAAAAGAUAUGAUUAAUGGACUACAACAGAAAUUAUGAACUUUGUGAGAUGAAUGUAUCAUGACAUCUAAGAAAGCAUGCCCAUGCUUACUUGUCAAUGUUGAGGUGAACAAUAAGGUGAUGAGUUCGAUUUGAUUGUUUCUUUUAAUCCGAUUUGAACUUUGCUAAAGCUUAAAAAGCUCAGAAUGGGCUCAGAUUAAAUAAUUUUUCCUAUACUCCCGUUUGGCUCAAUUGUGUUACUAGA